UGGAAUGAAUGGCCCUGAAGGCUGAAGCGGACGAAACUGUUCGUCUGAGAUCUGCAUUCGUAAAUACUCUGAACUCGGGGUACGGCCACAGAGCUGCUAGUGAUUCGAAGAGAAUAGUUAGCGAAUGGUUUCGCAUAAAGUACUUACUGCUAUAGCGCUAGUUCACGACAUGACCUCUACUCUCUAGGCCUAGAAAUGGCAUGUUUCAACUUUUGGAAAGUGAUUUGAAUGAAAUUCCUUUUAUUAAAGGGAAUAUUGGUCUUGUUCAAUCGUGGUUUUUAGUGAGCUAGGCGCCCGUCGACCGUUCCGCAGAUGUUGACGCAAAGAAUGAUUGAUCCAUGCACAGUCGUUUUAGGAACAAAUUUGGGAGUGAACAAGCUUGAGAGGACGGAGGAAACUUGAGUCACGGACCCCAUGCAACAGAAGCGGCAGGCACUGCCACUGACACCUCAACACACUGAGAUGGCAACAGCAGUGAUGGCAGUAGCAACACCAGCAUACCCACAGUAGUUACCAAGGUUACCAGCAUCCCCGACUAGGCAGCUGCCGCCGCCGCGUGUCAAGUAUACAGGACAUGGCUGCAGAUCAGUGGCUGCAGAAUGCUUGCAGUGAAACACUCCUACCCGGAUCAGCAUGGCAUGAACAGCUGGAGCCGGUCAUCGGUGCUCACAUUGCGGCACAACUCGCUCCUCGCCUGAGAGAAGAGCCAGGCUUGGCGUCUGUUCUGUGUCGUCGGCUUGGCCACCGCUUUGUGUCUCAGUACUGCGCUUCCCAGUGGUCUACUCACUUGGAGCAGAGUGAGUGGCCGGCAAAAUGCUCGACGAAUCGGCGAACAUAUCUGGAGGACCGGGCCGAAGAGCUGCUGCUAGCUUGUGUGAACACGAUUCAGAAUGGCAUGCGCAUGGGUAGAGACAACACCUCUGCCGGACCAAGAUCAUCACCUAUAUCCGGCAGUCGAACACAGUCCACUUCUGGCGAGCAAAGCAAUUCUUCAUGCCCGGCCUCUACAGCAAGCUCCACCAUGGAGGGUAGGCCAGUGAGAUCUGAUGUUCUGCACGACAUGGCGGCAUGCACAAUACAGCACUGUAAGGAUACUACGCUUGCUUGGAUAGAUCACGAAAUGGCAAGAGUUGAAUCCGAGCGGGCGAAUCCGACACCGUCUGAGCCAAGAUUUCGCGUUGACGACGACCCAGGAAUAAAGUCGACGCAAGCCGAGAGUACUCACGCUCAAACCUCGCUCGCAACGCAGCACUGCCGCCCACCGCAGCGAUCGGAGAGUGACGUUGCCGGAGGAGGCAUCGUGGCGUGCACCGCCGCAUCGCCAUGGCUGUUGCCACGCAUGCGGCUCCGUCUUCACGGGAGCUGGCUGUCGGAUUCCAUGCGCUGGUUGCUGUGGCAGCAGGUGGUUCUGUACGAAGCGGCGGAGGCGAUGCCAUCGUUUGUGAACGCCACUGCUGGCCCAGUGUCUGUGUUUGGAGGCCACACAGAGCACGGGAAUGAAAGGGCGGAAGCUGGCAGGAGCAGCCAGCACACACCAAGCCCUACGAGUAGCAGUGACGGACCAACACGCCGUAUACCUACACAUGGAAGAGCCCGCGCCGAGCGAGCGUCAUACGAGGGCCAUGAUCGGCGGCGUACAGUUCCCAGUCGGGAUGUUCUGAGAGGAGCCAGCAGUGCAAUGCAAGCCCUGCUGUGCGAAGGCCGUCGCAGUCUAGCGUUGGGUGUGGAUGAAACGAGAUCACCUCAGAACAGUAUUUUCCGCGACGCAGUAGACAAGGUUUUCGCCACCGUUCCGGCUCUCUCAACCUACGCACAGCGGUGUGGCGAGCAGCACGACGCGUCCAGCAGCCACGGCGGCAAGGAUGUGCGACGCGACGACGGGGAGCGAGCGCCACACUCGAGUGCACUUGACGCGUUGCUUAGCUCAACGACUGCCGUGCUGGAUCUGCUGUGCAUAGCAGAGGCGGGUGAGAGGUGUCACGGCAAACACGGUGUUAGUCGUGCUGCUGGUGCAGAAUCUGUAUGGCAACGACCGCACCAACAUGGCAAGAUGAUGACGGCUGUCCUACCCGUGUCAGUGCUUGUGUCCGUCAUCAGUACAUGUACUUUUCCCACUGCGGAGGAUAGGCUGCCAAUUCUUGACAAUGCCACACUGUUCUAUUUGCUACAAUACACAAUCCUGCCCAGUAGGGCAAAGCUCCGGGUAGCUGCACAGAGAGCAAGUGUUAUGUUAGAGCGUCAAGAUCCGGCACUGCACCGAAAGCUCAGCAGCCUUGUUCAGCUCUCCAUGCCCACGAUGUUUGGACUAUCACACGUGACAAAGUUCCAAGGUACGCCCCAGACCGGAGAGAGUAACACGGAGUCCAUCACACAGGAUGUCAGUGACUUACUAGAAUACUUUCUUGCCGAGUUGUUCACACCGCUGCUGGACUGGGACGCUCUCUUGUUCGCCUGGGACCAGCUGUUUCUGACCGGUUUCUCCGAGAGCUGCAUGAUAGCUCUGCUGUUGGCCUGUCACAGUGUGCUGCGUACCAGCAUCAUGGCCAUCAGCACUGCCGCAGACUUCAGAAUGGUUCUGAGCAGCGCAUGGGAGGUCAUCGACCUACCGUCACUAUGCGUGCGAUAUCAACAGUACAGCAGCGGAUACUAAGACCGUUUACGGUUUGAAGAUCAUGCAGGCGACGCAUGGUAAGGUGUUCAUCACUACUCAAGGUUCUAAUUGACCUACCAUUGCUACGUGUACGUUAUCAACGGCACAGCAGCGGAUACUGAGACCGUUUUGCGAGCUGAAGAACAGGCCCGGUGAGCGGCGCAUGGUGAGGUGUUCAUCACCACUCAAGUUUCGAACACUUGAUCGUGCAUGCUACGCCCGUCAUAACAGCUAAGGUUCAGCAGCUAGACAAUGCCGGUACAAUCCAACAGGAGCCUGCCGAACCGCUACGGACAUCACCUCCCCCUGAGUUUCCGGUAAUCGGACUCUGACACAGAAAGGUUGCAGGCUAUCCAAAAGAGUGAUCAAUGCCCGAGGGCAGAGCUACUUGCUGUGUUCUGACGGAGAUGAGGAUUUGCCGGAAUCGUGGUGCAACUCUUCGUCUGCUUCAAGACUUGCUCCUGUCAUGCUGCCCCGGUACAUGCUACUCCUCAAGCUUGUCAGAACGGGGCAGGUAGCAAGCAGAAGAGAGCUCUACCGCAUGCAAGCGGGCACAAGGAAUGGGCUGACCGCUUACAGCGUCAUACAGUUCUAUCUCUUAUUUUUGGUGGGUGUUUUUGGCUGUGGCGCCGAGGCCUUAAAAGUUUGCGGAGCCAUCAAUGCUCCACCAUCACUGCAGCACGGUCUCGUGGCAGAAAAUAGAAAUUCGAAACACUACUAUGACAUGCCGUGGGACGUACCGCUCCAUGGCACAAACAUGACCAUUCCCCUGCCAUGUUCCUGUAGGCUAAGCAAGACCUCUUCUGUGUUGCUUGUACCGGAUUUCUGCGUACAAUCCCCUUUUUGUCUAUGAACUAAUUACUUUGUCAGUUCCCACUCAAUUGAAUACCGUGGGUGACAAUUUUGGGAACUGGGAGUCUGGGGCUGGGACGUAUCAACUGGGGCAUUUGCCUUUUUUUAUUUAUUUUUUUACUAUAUUCACAUUCCCAGCUCGAAAAUAAUAAAGAAAGACAAUGAUACUGAGACUAGGACGAACAUGACAACUA